UAUAAUGUUUUCGCUGGGAUGCCGAUUGCGGAGAUCGGAAUCUUGUGAAUUUUGAUAAUUAUUUCUCUAGUAGACCCGAGUCAAAACCCACAAUCCAAACCCUUCCCCUUCCGUUCCUUCUUACCGCUGCUUUGAAAAAAACGUCCAAUUGACUCACAGGGUCCCCCGAGAUAAGGGUGCUAUCACACACUACCGGACAGGGACUAGCCUCCAAAACAGUUACUGUGUAGCAUACAAAAAACCGGAAGCUAGUGCGAUAGCGAGUUACCUGAGCGAAGACUCGCCCAGCGACAGAAACAUCCAGAUCCCGUUUCUCAAUUAACUUUUGAGAAACAGCGCCCGGCGCAAUGGCUCUGUCCGGCCGACUCACCGGUCGAACAUCCGCGCUCCUCCGCCAAUGUCGAGCCUCAGCGUCUUCCCCGCGCGCCUUCAGCACCCGGACUUCGACUAGGAGUCUGUUGGUGAAGGCUCAGAGGCCCGUAGAGAAGAGCGCACAGUACCAGAUCCGUCUGUUCUCGAGCUCAAUUCAAAGGGCUUCACAACCAGAGCCGGCGGCGACUUCGAACCAGUUUAUGAAGGAUGGCGCCUUGAAGAAGGCCGCGAACCCGAUUGACCUGAAGAAGGUCUUGGUUAUUGGAUCGGGUGGUUUGAGCAUUGGACAGGCUGGAGAGUUCGAUUACUCAGGUUCGCAAGCACUGAAGGCUUUGAAAGAAGCUGGUGUCGCCUCCGUUCUCAUCAACCCGAAUAUCGCCACGAUUCAGACUGCCCACGUGCUCACCGACGAGGUCUACUAUCUGCCUGUUACACCCGAAUAUGUCGAAUAUGUUAUCCAGCGCGAGAAGCCAGAUGGAAUCUUCCUCACUUUCGGUGGCCAGACCGCCCUAAACUUGGGUGUCCAGAUGGAGCGCAUGGGUCUUUUCAAGAAGUACGGAGUCAAGGUCUUGGGUACGCCAAUUAAGACCCUCGAGACCAGUGAGGACAGAGAUCUCUUCACCCAGGCUCUCGGAGAGAUCAACAUCCCCGUCGCUCAGUCUGUUGCUGUUGGAACGAUCGAGGAGGCAUUGGAUGCCGCCAAGGUUAUUGGAUACCCCAUCAUUGUCCGCGCUGCCUACGCUUUGGGCGGUCUUGGAUCUGGAUUCGCCCAUAACGAGGAGGAGCUCCGCAACAUGGCCGCUACGUCACUGACUCUGUCCCCUCAAAUCUUGGUCGAGAAGUCCCUCAAGGGCUGGAAGGAGGUCGAGUACGAGGUUGUCCGCGACGCCGCCAACAACUGCAUCACUGUCUGCAACAUGGAGAACUUCGAUCCUCUUGGCAUCCACACUGGUGACUCCAUUGUCGUUGCGCCUUCCCAGACCCUGAGCGAUGAGGAGUACCACAUGCUCCGUUCCGCCGCUAUCAAGAUUGUCCGCCAUCUCGGUGUCGUUGGUGAGUGUAACGUCCAGUACGCUCUCCAGCCAGACGGACUCGACUACAGAGUUAUCGAGGUUAACGCCCGUCUCUCUCGUUCGUCUGCCCUUGCUUCCAAGGCUACCGGUUACCCUCUCGCAUACACCGCUGCCAAGAUUGGUCUCGGCCACACUCUCCCUGAGCUCCCCAACGCGGUCACCAAGACCACCAGCGCCAACUUCGAGCCUUCCCUGGAUUACGUCGUCACCAAGAUCCCCCGUUGGGAUCUGGCCAAGUUCCAGCACGUGAAGCGUGAUAUUGGCUCUGCCAUGAAGUCCGUCGGUGAGGUCAUGGCCAUUGGCCGAACCUUCGAGGAGUCCAUCCAGAAGGCCAUCCGCCAGGUUGACCCCCGCUUCGUCGGUUUCCAGGGUGACAAGUUUGACGAUCUCGACUACGAGCUCCAGAACCCAACCGACCGCCGUUGGUUGGCCGUCGGCCAGGCUAUGCUCCACGAGGGCUACACUGUCGAGCGUCUUCACGACCUGACCAAGAUUGACAAGUGGUUCUUGUACAAGCUCCAGAACAUUGUCGACUGCACCCACGAGAUGGAGGACAUUGGAAGCCUCUUUGGCCUCAAGAAGGAUCUCCUCAUGAAGGCCAAGAAGAUGGGUUUUUCCGAUAGGCAGAUCGCCAACGCCGUUGGCAGCACCGAGGACGAGGUUCGCGCUCGCCGCAAGAACUUCGGUAUCAAGCCAUUCGUGAAGAAGAUUGAUACCCUUGCCGCCGAGUUCCCUGCUGAUACCAACUACCUCUACACCACUUACAACGCCACUACCCACGAUGUCACCUUUGAUGACUACGGAACUCUCAUUCUUGGAAGUGGAGUCUACAGAAUUGGUUCUUCCGUCGAGUUCGAUUGGUGCGCCGUCAGCGCUACUCUCGCACUCAAGGAGAUGGGCAAGAAGACUGUCAUGAUUAACUACAAUCCCGAGACUUAUUCCACCGAUUUCGAUACCGCCGACAAGCUCUAUUUCGAAGAGUUGAGCUAUGAGCGUGUCAUGGACAUUUACGAGCUCGAGGGCGCUACCGGCGUCGUUGUGUCCGUGGGUGGCCAGCUACCCCAGAACAUCGCUCUCCGCCUGCAAGAGUCCGGCAAGGCUAACAUCCUUGGAACUGAUCCCAAGGAUAUUGACAAGGCUGAGGAUCGUCAAAAGUUCUCUGAGAUUCUUGACAGCAUUGGUGUUGACCAGCCCGCGUGGAAGGAACUUACCUCGGUUGCCGAUGCCGAGGCCUUCGCCGAUGAGGUCUCAUACCCCGUUCUUGUCCGCCCUAGUUACGUUCUCUCCGGUGCUGCCAUGACUGUCAUCCGCAGCAAGGAUGAGCUGAAGGACAAGCUUGAGGCCGCCUCCAACGUGUCACCUGACCACCCAGUUGUCAUUACCAAGUUCAUUGAGGGCGCUGAGGAGAUUGAUGUUGACGCCGUUGCAUCCGAUGGCAAGCUUAUUAUCCACGCCGUCUCUGAGCACGUUGAGCAAGCUGGUGUCCACUCUGGUGACGCCACUCUUGUCCUCCCCCCCGUCAACAUCGAUCAAGUCACCAUGGACCGUGUCAAGGAGAUUGCCAUCAAGGUUGCCAAGGCUUGGUCUAUCACUGGUCCCUUCAACAUGCAAAUCAUCAAGGCACUCGACCCAGAGGGUGGUCUGCCAGCUCUUAAGGUCAUCGAGUGUAACCUCCGUGCUUCCCGUUCGUUCCCAUUCGUCUCCAAGGUCCUCGGUGUCAACUUCAUCGAUGUCGCCACCAAGGCCCUUGUCGGCCGUGAUGUCCCAGAGCCACAAGAUCUGAUGGCUAUCAAGCGCGACUACCUUGCCACCAAGGUUCCUCAAUUCUCCUGGACCCGUCUUGCCGGUGCCGACCCCUUCUUGGGCGUUGAGAUGUCGUCUACCGGUGAGAUCGCCUGCUUCGGUAAGGACCUCGUCGAGGCCUACUGGGCUUCCCUGCAAUCCACCAUGAACUUCCGCAUGCCAGAGCCAGGAGAGGGUCUUCUCUUCGGUGGUGACAUCACCAAGGACAAGAACGCUCUCGUUACUAUCGUCGACUACCUGUCUCCUCUAGGCUACAAGCUGUUCGCCGCUGAGGAUCACGUCAAGUCCUUCAUCGAGAAGAACGCCAAGAACGAUGUCUCCGUCGAGGUCAUUGAGUUCCCCGUCAAGGACAAGCGCGAGCUCCGCAAGGUGUUCGAGAAGUACGAUAUCCGCGGUGUUUUCAACAUCGCAUUGGCCAGGGGCAAGACGACACAGGAUGUCGACUACGUCAUGAGGAGGAACGCCGUCGACUUCGGCGUGCCGUUGUUCAUGGAGCCAAAGACUGCUGAGCUCUUCGCCCGCUGCAUGAGCGAGAAGCUUCCUCGCAAGGAGGGCAUCCCAGGAGAGGUGCGCAGGUGGUCUGAUUUCAUUGGUGGCAAGCCUCUGUAAAUCAGUCUUUUCCACGUCAGAAAGUGCAGUGUUGAAGGUUGAAAGUCGAGGGCGAAAAUGUAUAGUACUAAGCCAGAGAGUCGAGGAAAACCACGCGGGCCUUUCGUAUGAUGAGAUGGGGCGACUUAUCUCGGAUAUUUGGGUUGAAAAGUUGGCGAGAUAUGAAGAUGAGGAAAUCUAUGGGGAUGGGAGAGGGGCAGAGGUGGAGGAUGUAGGGUUGGGAGUUUGGAAGGCUUAGUAGGCAAUUGAUGCAUACCGUUUGAUUUUUGAUAUAUUUCUCGACUUAUAUCCAUGUGCCAUUUAACAUCUCCGCUUAUUGUUCUAUCUACGUCGAUGCUCU